GAUAGUGUGGUAUAUAUGUAUGUACUAUAUACAUAUAUAUAUAUACAAAUUCAAUGUUUCUGCAGUAUAAGAGCAUUGAGGUUAGGAACGCCGCAACUCAAGCGGCGAAUGAAGUUUAUUAACAUUUUUUUGCAAUGUUACUUAAAGGGUUUCAACAAACCAUUCUUCAAAUAAAUUCAAAUUAUUUGAGUGUGGUUAUUAGAUCAAAAAGUACUAAAUCAAUUAUAAGUAAUUGUCUUGCUAGAAGAACUAAACUUUUAAGAAGGAUAACGUCUUCACAGAGUAUAUUACAAUGUAGAAAAAAUCAUAAUGAUGCACCAAAUGAGGUGCGACUUCCAGCCUUAACCGACGAUGCACCUGUAAUAUGGCCAAGUUUUUUUAGAACUUUAAGUAACUUUAUUCAAUGUAAUUUUGUUAUAAAACCUUAUAUGGAUAAUGACUUUAAUUUACCUGAUUUUCUUGAUGGUACUAAACAAGCAUUGUCUGUAGUUUCUAGUGCUUUGGCAAGAGAAGAUUAUGAUAGUAUUCAAGAUUUAGUCGAUAAAGAGACUCUUGCAAAAACAAGGCAAAAAAUUAGCACAUUGACUGCAGAACAGAAACAGUUAAUUGAAAUUCACAAAGAUGAUAUUUAUUUAACCUUUCCUUACCAAGUUGGAAUAAUGUUUGAUAAUGAUGACAAAGCCAAUCAAAGAUUUGUAGAAAUAAUGGUUAUAUUUCACUCUUUACGUGGUCUGAAAAGGAUGAGGGCAGAAAAUAAAGAGCCUCCAUUAAAUAUGGGGCUACUACCAGAGUACCAAAAACUCAUGUUUAUUUGUAAUUAUCGAUUUAUUCGUGAAUACACAAAAGGCGUAGAAUCUUCCUGGACAGUCAACCUGAUCAAUCACUUCAUGCCUGUUAACUUAAGUAAAUAAAUUUGAUCUCAUCUCAUAAGUAAGAUUAUUUUUGUAGAGAUCAUUUUGUUUAUUUGUCAACGACAAAAUGUUAUUAGGAGCAUUUUUGCAAUGUGUCCAUCUUUCAGACAUAAAUUGUUGAUUAUAUAAUUUUUAAUAUUCAAAAAUGCUGUGACAUUACUCACAAGAUAUAUUCAAAUAUAUUUAUUGUUAAUAAAAACAUGAUUUUUUCAAUAUAAGUCAACAUGUCUUAUAAA